AUGAAGGAUGACUCCGAGUGGAACGCCAUCGAUGCCACGCUCAUCCGGUUGUUCUUCCUCACCGUUUCGAAGUCCUUGUUUCACACCGUCAUGAGCGAUGACGUGCCCACCCGCCGCCACGCCAAGCGCAAGGACAAGCCCAAGACGGCAUCGUCCGCCUUGGAAGCCACUGCGGCAGGGAUGUUGUCUGCGACGUCGACGAUUCCCAGCAGUACAUCUUGUGCCACCGGCACCGCGCCGCCCGGCCUGCAGUACUCCAUGUUUGGCAGCGGGUUCGCCAACAGCUUCGACCCAGCGACCCUCAGCCCCAACUUUCAUGCCAGGCUGCUCUUCGCGGACAGCGACGCCUACGGGGCGGACGGCUGCGCGCAGCAGCACUACCACCAGGCCCACGUGAACGGGAUGGAGCAGUGGGCGGCGGCGCAGAUGGACAGCUUCCCAUUCAUGCACGCCAGGGAUCAUCAGAUGUCCGGACCGCCAACUGACGCAAUGCCCAUCACGGUGGAGGCAAUGCAGGGCAUGUGGGCGGAGCUAGAGCUAAAGUUACCCUGA